GUGAGAGACUGAGAGACUUGGGGAGUGAGAACACAGACUGGGUUAGUCACAGGAAAAUAGAAAGAGAUUCUAACAUCACCAGUAUCUUCAAUGAAAAUGUGUCUGCCUGUGGAUAUCACUACGUACUGCGGAUUAACUACAAAAACAUGAGAACAAAGGAGGUGGACUUGACUUUAUCUCAUAACUCUACACUUGGCUCAGAGGGACAGCUAACUACAUGUUUUGGAUACGAGGAGCAUUCGGAGUUUGACACCUGAACAGUCCCAGAGAAUUGGUCAGCAUGUCAUCCUCCACGGCUGAUCCCCGUACAUCAGUCGACAACCUCACCAUCAUAAAGGAGCAUGAGGUGGAGGUGAUCAUUGUCCCCUCACUGCUCAUCCUGGCCACCGUCGUCACCUUAAUGGCCGUGUGCUUCUUGAGAUAUUGUCCUGAACGGAAGCGGACACGGACCACCGCCCCUAAACGCAACCACAGCUCAUUGCACAGACACACACAGAGGCACAGCCACAGACAUCGCCUACAGGGCAUUGAUGCACCCCCAGGGCUAAACCCACUGGAACAUGAAGAGCUGCCAAUGUCAGUUCAACAAGUUCAGCAGAGUGUCGGGCCAACGCUGGCUGCAGUACCACAGAUGUCCACAGACAGGCAUCCUGGAGCCUUCAGCCAGGUCACAGCCCUGCCACUGUCCUUCGCUAUUAAUCCUAAUGACACAGUCAAGGUCUACAGAGCACGCAUGGACAACAGGGAUGUCAUCCUCAGAGUGCUGAAAGAAUCAGCAAACAGCAGUGAGAAGCAGCACUUUUUGGGUUUCGCUUCCUUCGUGUCAGGACUGGGUCCGCACCCCUUCCUACCUGGUCUCCUGGGUGUGGUUUCAGUGCAGUCACCCCUAAUGAUGAUUGUGGAGGAGCUGCAGCACAGAGACCUGUUAGGGUUCCUGUGGAGAUGUCGACAGAAUCACUCGGAUUUAGAGUCUCCAUUUGACAUGACCGAAAAGAGGAUCUUCACCAUGGCAGGACAAGUGGCCUCUGCUCUGGAGUACCUGCACAGUCAGAGCUGCAUCCAUGGCAACGUGGGAGCUCGCAGCAUUCUGGUUGGUGGAGAUCUGACAGCAAAGCUGUGGGGAUUGGGCUCAGCCUACCGCAGGACAGCACAGGCCAAUUCACCAGGCGAAGUCGAGGACAUAGAGCUGAAGAAGUGGCAGGCACCUGAAGUGCUAGGCAGAGGAGCCAUCAGUCAGAGCAGUGAUGUAUGGUCCUUUGGUAUCCUACUCUAUGAAAUGGUCACAUUGGGUGACCCACCGUUUGCGCAGCUCAUGGCGACUGAACUUCUGCAGUAUCUACAAAGAGGAAAGCAUCUCAAUCGGCCAGCCUCCUGCUCCAACUCAGUGUACUCCAUCAUCAAGUCCUGCUGCCACUGGAGCCCCCAACAACGUGUCUCAAUGCCGGAACUCAUUAGAAUCCUUCAGGCGAGAGAGAAAUCAGCCAAUGGGAGGACAGUUCUCAGAGUGCCUGAACCACUGGACAUCGGGAAAUACCUGAGGGAGGCGGGAUAUGGAGAGGCAUGCAACUAUGCUGUGCUUUGAUUGGCUGAGAGUGUCAUCAGUCAGGACUUCAUUGGCUCUGUUGCUGCCGGUGUUGUUCUGCACGCACCUGGCAGGGGAGGUCACACCUGGCUGACAAAAUAGGUGCAUGCAAAUAUCUGCAUGGAGUCUAUAACAUCUGUUAUGCUGAAAAAUGAAGCCACCUCUUUAGUGGUGGUCCUUUUCAGACACUUUACUGUGCACAUGAUCAUCACAUAUUUUUGCUGAAUCUCAAGGAAUGCUUCUUCCACUACUUCUACUUCAUAAAGUUUACUUUGAAUCAUUUCUCAGCAUUGAUGAACCCCACAAAGUUGUUUUCAAACAGUUCUUGGAGGUGCAUGCAAGUCUUGAAUGUUACAUGUGUGAGCAGGUUAAUUGUUGCUUUAAAGGUAAUUUACUUAGAGGAGUGGUGGUUAGUGUUAGCUCCUUAGGUUUAAUGGCAGAUUAGCUUUUAUUCUGUGGAUAACAUAAGCUACUGGUUUAUAUAACAUUUUUGUAAAGACUUGAUCAAGGGCAUAGGUCUGCAAGUGUCUUAAGAUUCGGUUUUUCUGAAUGAACUAUCUCAGAAUUACAAAUCAUUUUUUCAUGGGGGAAAAAAAAAAUCUGCUUUGUUUUUCUGAAUUAACAGAUACCUCAAAAUGCUCCUAGAAGCUCUCACCUGCAUGGAGUAGGCCACUGUUGCUGAUGCAGCCUCCAACAGCAGUGCUGGGAUAGGAUAGUCCUAUAUGAUUUCAAGUACUUGGUCAACAAUACCAUCUAUAUUACUUAAAGAAAGGAGUAUUUCCCAAUGUCUCAAACCCAAAUUAAAACUGGAUUGAACUAAAUGGGUGGGACAUGUUUGCCUCCACCAAAUCAGCUAAACAAGAGCCUCUCCUGGGAUUUUGAGGUACAUUAUCUGUUAAUUCAGAAGGAAAACAGAGUAUUUUUGUGUGUGUGUGUGUGUGUGUGUGUAUGGUCUCAUGGCAAAACAUGGUCCUGGAGACACCUUACCUUAGUGGUAACUACCACAGAAGUGGUUUUGAGUCCUUUGCCAUGUGUUUAUAUGUCUGUCUGUCUUUCUGUGGAGAUGUCCAAAGUUUUCACAAACGUUGAAGAUGCAGACACAAAACUUUACAGGUGUGUAGUUGAGAUCAAAAUGAAGUCAGAGGUCUAAUAUGGGUGUGGUCCAACCCGAAUGUCAACAUGUUAAUAGCGUUGUUUAUGAAAUAAAACUUUUGUUUACUUGUUUUUACUGCUAGAAUACAGAAAGGCAUAAAGCACAUUCACUUUAUAUGUUUAAAUAGUAAUAUAUGGAUAUUAAAUAUUUAUUUUCCUGUAAACUACAACUCUGUUCAAAUUGCCUAGACUAAUAUAAUGAAAGAAAACAAUAAAUGCUUCCUACACUUUUUAAACUAUAA